AUGUGUGGGCAGUUAUGCUUAUUUUUGAUCAGGCAAAGGAAGAACGGUUCCUCAUUCUUUGGAAAUUGGCACACUCCACCUCUUCUCGAUAUCGUAAGGGAAAAUCCCCCCUCCCCAUAUUGAAAAGGUAGAUCUCAGAAAAUUUGCAAUGCUGAUUUGCGACCUCAAAUCGUCUCUGUCUUGCAAGAACGCAACUCCACAGUCUCCGCCGCAUCCUGCAGGCGGUUUGUGAUGCUGGUGGCCCUACAGACUAGACGUUUGCCAUGCUCAGCGCCUACUUAGCCCAAAACAUCUCUACUCAGUCUUGGCAUGGGCCUGCAGUCCUCUCCAGCAAGAUAAAUCUGAUAGAUUUGUGUACCCAAAUCCAGCAUCAGAAGCCUCGUUUUGAUAUGGGGAGGGGGGAUUUUUUCUUUUGAUACUCGACCUACAAAAGCACAAAAGGUUCGAAAAGUGUCUCUUUAAGUUUACUGAGGGCUUUCUAGACUGUCAAGGUACCACUACUUCGCCGCACAACCUAGAAAAAGCAAGAAAUAGAAGAAAAAGCUUCUACCAGGAGACUAGCCGAUAG